UGGCUGCUUGAAGAUGGGAGAUUUCUGGGUCUUCUCAUCCCAUUCCUCUUCCUGUCAGUGCUGAGGUUGUGUUGAUCAGCACUCCUUGCAGUCUGAGAACAGGACUGUUUGGGGUUCUGAGAACGGAUAACACUUAAGCUAAAUUAAGCUUUCAGCUCAAAAUCCACUCAGGAUAGUCUGUCUCAUCAGAGUUUUUUUUUGUUAAACGCGAUUCAGUUGCCCCAAUAAUAAGCGAAGCCAUCUGACUUUCUAAAGAGCCCUGAGGAAUACGGGCUUACAAAAUAACUUGUUUUAGAAGAACAGGCCCUUGAAGUUCAAGUGCCACAACUUUCCUCAAUCUCCAUAUUUUUUUAAGACUGGAUUUUUGUUAGGCAUUCUACAAAACUGCAGAUGCUGAACAUUCUUGUGAUAGCUGUUGUGUGAAUAUUUCGCUUUGUUCGUGUUUUGAGCACUCCCUGUGAAUUAGGCUGCCUUUUGUUCUCCUCUUGGCAGUUAGCAUGCUAGAGCUCUUGUUAGCCUAUGUGGAGCUCCUUAUUUUAAUGAGACCAACUUCUCUACUGGCUCUUCUGCUGUUGUUUUAUUUAUUUUUUUAAUCAAUGGAGGCUCUUACUGUGACUCUCUUGGGACAAUAGCUUUCUUAUGCUAAAGGAAAAUGUAUUCCCCUGGACGGAGCUGUGGGAAGCAUAACUUGCUCAUUAGUAAUGCUUGGUAUAUACCCUGUCCUUCCCUUGUUCGUUCACAGAAGGAAAAAUAACAUCAAGGGGAGGAUGUCUUUCUUUUUGUUGUUGUUGUUUUUAAUUCCCUAGAAAUAAAAGUAAAGGAGAGGGAAAGAUACCACUGAGUAUCUUUGAGUCCUGAUACAAGGAAGUGCCUGUAGUCCAAAGACAAAGCAGUUGCUCAGUUGCCUAUCGUAGAGGGGGAGAAGCUAAUGUAAAUGCAGGUGACCAUGCAGAAUGCCGUUCAGGUGUGGUUUGGAGAUGACCUUCCCUUAAGUCCCCGAAGUCCUCUGACCCCCAGACAUGGCCCAGGCUUGGCAGAUGUGUGCGUGUAUGACCAGUGGAUAUCUGUGCGACAUGAAGCAACUUUGGUGCCUAUGCAAGAAGAUCUGUCAAUCUGGCUGUCUGGCUUGUUGGGAAUAGAAGUCACAGCAGAACAACUGCUAGAAGAACUUGAUAAUGGAGUACUACUCUGCCAAUUGGUUGGUGUUCUUCAAAACACAAUUAAAAAAUGUUGUAGCUCAAAUAACUUAAGGAAUUUUCCAAUGAAAAAAGUUCCAUGUAAGAAGGAUGCUCCAUCAGGAUCUUUUUUUGCCAGAGAUAAUACAGCCAACUUUCUUAACUGGUGUAGGGCCAUUGGAGUUGAUGAAACUUACCUCUUUGAAUCUGAAGGUUUAGUUUUGCACAAGGAUCCAAGGCAAGUGUAUCUUUGUUUGUUGGAAAUUGGACGCAUUGUAUCCAGGUAUGGAGUUGAACCUCCUGUGCUAGUAAAACUGGAGAAGGAAAUUGAGCUAGAAGAAACAUUGCUAAUGACCUCUGGACCAGCAUCACCUGUUAGCACAGCAAAGUCAUGUUGUCACCAUGGGGAACUACAUGAGGCAGUUAAACAUAUAGCAGAAGAUCCUCCUUGCAGUUGUUCCCAUCGAUUUUCAAUUGAAUACUUAUCUGAAGGACGUUAUAGACUGGGAGAUAAAAUACUUUUCAUACGAAUGCUACAUGGCAAGCAUGUGAUGGUACGUGUUGGUGGAGGCUGGGACACUCUUCAAGGUUUUCUGCUUAAAUACGAUCCCUGCCGAGUGCUUCAAUUUGCAACUCUGGAGCAGAAAAUCCUGGCGUUUCAGAAAGGCGUCACCAGUGACAGUGUUCCCAGCUCGUCAGCCAGAAUUCAGGAACCUCCUGUCAUGAAUCCAAUGUCAGCUGUCAAUAUGUUUCAAAAGCAACCAUCAAAACCCCCUACUCCUGUUCCAGCAGUAAAGGCUGUUCAUGGGGCAACUGUGAAGAAAGUUUUAUCUAAAUGUCCUCAGUCCCCUGCCCUGGAAUCACCAGAAGUGCCAGUGCACCCAUCCUCUGUUGCCAAGUUGUUGUCAGCCAGGCCCAAGCUACAUGGGUCUUCAGCAAUGGGCUCACAGUCUCCUUUAAAACCAUCAAUGGGCACCUCAAAGAAACUGGAGUCUCCUGCAUGCAACUCACCAGCUCCUGCUCCUGCACAGCCUGCAAGCAAAAGCUCUUCAUCUGCAAGAUCAAGAACAGCUCUCGUUCACUCUGAAACGUUACGCAAACGUAUUCGGUCCCCUGAUGCUCCAAAGGUGAGAUUAGCCCUGGCCCAAGGCUCCCCAGCACCAGGGACACACUCUGUUGUCUCAUCCUCUAAAAAACAGUUGUCUCAUUUGCCUGCAACAAUUGAAACAAUGGCUUCAAAACAGAAGCGUGUCCCCUCUAAAUGCAAACCUGUAUCUGUCACUAAAGCCAAAAUUAAUUCUGUUGCUCCGAGGUCAGCUCGGCCACCCGUUACAAAUCUGCGUUCUGUUGCCAAAUUUUCACAUUCUCAGCAGCUCCUUGCAAAACCAUCUGAAAAUACAACUCAGGCUUCAGGAACUGGCUCUCAGAAACCUCAGAAAGCUCCACAAACAGCUUCUGUCCUGGCAAGGAACCUGAAGACUGCUUCAGUACUAAAGCACUCAGCUUCUGCACCUUCCCUGGCAGUUAGUAAAGUGUCAAAGCCCCCACCUACACUUGUAUCUACAAGCAAAAAUGUACCAUCAGCUGUCAAUAAGAAACCAGCCACAGAGUGUCUACAGACCCAAGAUAUCAGUAAAACCCCUGAGAUUGUAUCCACUUCAUCCAAACCUCCUGAACGCACUCCCCUGUCUGUUGUACGGCUUCCUCAAACUUCAGCCAAAGCGGCAGCGACCAAAAACCCAGCACAGCCUUCCACAAAAAGUCAGCCUUCAGCCAGAAACUUGCAAGUGAAUGGAAGCUUGGUGCCAGCAGCCAAGAAACCUCUCUCUAAAGCAAAAUCAGCAACAGCGUGUAACAAAGGAGCACCUAGUGUAUCAAAAGGUCCGCUUCUGAAGAGCAGACAAGAUGAUCACUAUUUUGUUAUGACAGGGAGUAAAAAGCCCAGAAAGUAAUCUUUAUUUGUUACCUUCUGGGGAGAUCCUAAUAUUGUUCAAAUGGGCCUCUUGCAUCUGCUACGCUGAAGGGAAAAACAGGUUAAAUAACACUACAUGUGCCACGUCAAAUGUUAGGCAUACUGUAAAUUAUACAGCAAAAUGUACAGUAAGAACUGUAUUUAUUUUGCAGUUUAAAAACUUCUACUUAGAUAUAUUUAGAGGUGAGCUUGCUUGCACUGUGGAAUAGAGAAUAUCGCUGUUUGCUGCUAGCCUGACCUGCUGUGGGGAAAGGCAGGAGAGAGGAAGGGAAGCUGGAGCUGCUGCUGCUCACUUUCAAGGGAGUGAAGCUUGUUCAGGAAAUGUCUACCUAGGGCACAGCCUGAGCAAUUCUGCUUUUUCAGGCACGUCUGCAUCAAGGCCUGUGAUAAGCGAUAGAGCUGUGCACAUGCUAUAAAAUUUCUAAUACCUCAAAACUAUUGUUUUGUUUUUUUUAAUUUGUACUGUUUUUUAAGUUCAGCAGUAUUCCAGAACACAAAUUUGUGUGACCUGCAUGUAUUAGAGAAAGAAAUCUCUAGUCCUGUUCAGUUUGACAGCUGCAGUUUUCGCUGUUCAUUGUGCCCUAUAUUCCUUAACGUGGCUUCAGCUUACUUGGAUGUGGAGCCUCCUUGUCUUGGGUUAAGUUGGACAUGGAAAGUCAUGUCCUUAAUCACACUCUCUUGUUGUGCCUUAGUGAUACUGCUUCUAAAAGCUGGGGGAGACAAUUUUGCAUUGUAUAUGUUCAGAUGUGACUACAGGUAAGCUCAGUUUUCCUAGAAAGCUCUUGCUGUGUGGGCAGAAGUAGUACAUGAGUUGCUGCACGGGUGCUUUCCACUGGGAUGGACCCCAAAGCAACUCCUGUCAUGGCGACACUGGGCCAUGAGUCCUGACCUGCACAGGCAGAGCCUCGCUGCUCUGCAGAAGUGGCCUUUAUCCUUAAAACUGAAUCAUUAAAUACUUCUCAGUGCUAGAGGUCAAUUUUGUGGGCAGUCUUAGUCUGCAGUGGCCUUUGUUGUUUUGGAGAUCUUAUUACUGGCUCUCCUGUAUUACCUUUUGGGAGGUGAAGAGUAGUUUUCCAAAGAGCUAAUGAGGGCCUACAUUUGCCUUUUAACAUCUGAAAGUGCCAGAAAGCUGAGCAGCAUUUAUACUCAGCUCCUGAAGGCCCUUAGUGGGUUAAACAUCUGUGGUGCUCAACCCUUAAUCCUUAAUAGAAAUGAGUUUCAUGGUAGAUGAAUAAAACUACUGUCUCUGGGAGUAGCAUUGUUUGAGAUAUUUCAGGUGUAAUGAACCUAUGAAUGCCAAGGAACUCUCAGGUUCUGUGAGGAGACACUGCUGACUUCCACAGACUCUUACUUCUCUUUGUUCCCAAGAUGUUUACUUAUGAGGAGGUGCACGGAAAUCGUAGCUUCUGAUGCUUAUGUUAUCUUUUUUUUUUUUUUCCUGGAAUAAGCAAGAAUACAAUAAGCAAGCAUCAUAAACUAAUAAUGAGUUUUCAUAUGCAGUGGCAAAGUUAUAGAGCUACCUUUCUGAGCACCUUGUUAGCUUUGUUUAUUUAUGAUUUUAUUUAUGCAUCUCUACUGUACAAUACUGCUUACAACCUGCUGGGAGUAAACAGUAAAUAACAAUAUGCAAACUGUAGGAGGACAAAAUCAAUUUUAAUACUGUGUACACAAGUCCCACAAUCUUACAGACAAAGUUGUAUGUUUGGGGACAGCCUUAUCACAUAUUUAUUUUAUAAAUGCACUGGUUAAAGUCAUUACUUCAAAUGUUAAGGAUAGUAUUGACUGUAGGGGAGUGUUUUCAUGUUUGAUAAAAUUGACAGUUUCACAGUCUGAAAGCAUUUUGCAGUAGAUGACUUGCAUUUGAUUUUGGGCUUCCAAAUAGUGAGCUAUGAUGCAAUAUCUCAUGCAGAUUAAUAGUGAAAUUCUUGGGGUUUCUUUCUUUACUGAGUCUGGCUGGGGUGGAGUUCACUGUCUUCACAGCAGUCUAUAUGUUGCUGUGUUUGGAUUUGUGGCUGAAAUGAUGCUGAUGGCACGGCAGGCUUUGGGCAGUUGCUGAGCCCUGCUUGCACAGGGUCAGGGCUUUUUCUUUUCCCCACUCUGUCCCUCUCAGCAAGUGGGCUGGCAGUGGGUGAACGGCUGGGAGGGGAACAGGGCUGGGACAGCUAACUUGAACUGACCGAAGGGAUGUUCUGUGCCACAUAACAUCAUGCUCAGUAAUAAAAACUGUAGGUAGAGGAAGAACGUGGCGGGGGGAUUGUUUGGAGACUGGCUGGGUAUUAGUCUGCCUUUGGGAGGUGGUGAGAGAUUACCAUUGCAUCUCUUGGUUUUUUUUUGUUUGUUUUUUUUGUGUUGUUUCUCUACCCCUCCCCCCACUUCUUUCAUUUAUUAAACUGUCUUUGUCUCAACCCAUGUGUUUUCUUGAUUUGCUCUUAUUCUCUGCUGUCCCAGAGGGGAGUGACUGAGUGGCUGUGUGGGUGCUCGGCUACUGGCUGGGGUCAACCCUCAACACUUUUUGAACUGUUUACAGGUUUCUUAGUAGUACUUUAAACACUGAGACUUUUGGAUCUCAGCAUCUAGCUUUUUUUAACAAUGACUUCAGAGAAAAUGAAGUGGAUGGCUUCAUCUUUGUGAUCCGUUAAUCUCAUGUAAUACACCAAAUUUUAUGGUUCAAAAUGAAGAGAGUGAGAUGAGACACUGGCACUGAAAAAGGAAAAAAUAAUCCUUUUACUUUUGAAACCUUAAACAGCUUAAUCUAAGGGUGGUUCACCUGUUACAUGUGGGUAGGCUUGGUUUGGUUUUACAUUCUUACAAAAAUAGUAUGAGCAUGGUCUAACUUGUGCAAAUAAUUGCAGUCUUCAACUUUGUAGUCAUUCCUGUUAUAACUAAGGAUGAUACAUGGCAUGAAGUGAGCUAAUAAUCAAAAUGUAACAAAAUACCUCCUACUGGAAAUACAUACUUUCUGCGAUGUUUAUAUUGCCAAAGGGCAAGUCUAAUCUUCAGCUUGUAUUACUUUUUGCGUGGGAAAGAUAACUUGGAGCAGGAAUCUGACUGAAUUCUCCAUGUGUUACCAGUCUGUCUUUGAGUACUUAUUUGAAAUAAACAUAUUGCACCUUU